AUGUCUAAUUGGAGUUCUGAUCAUGAAGUUGAUCAAAUGGUAGAGGAGGAAGUUGAUAGUAUAGUGGAAGGGAUUCAGUACAACUACACUCAAGAGGAAGAACCACCAACUCCAAUAUUCCGAAGAGUGCAAAUAAAUAGAGACCGCGAAGAAGACCACACUCGGCUAUGGAAUGAUUAUUUUGGUGAGAAUCCGACUUACACUCCCGCUAUGUUUCGCCGUCGCUUUAGAAUGAACACACCAUUGUUCGAAUGCAUAGUCAGUACUAUUGAGAAUGGAGUCCCGUACUUCAGACAAAGACGAGAUGCUACUAGAAGGCUCGGUCUUUCUGCACUUCAAAAAUGUUCUGCAGCUAUCCGUAUGAUGGCAUACGGAUGUUCGGCAGAUGCGGUGGAUGAAUAUUUACGACUAGCUGAAACAACCGCACACAAAUGCCUUGAAAAAUUUGUAGACGGAGUUAUCCAUCUAUUUGGAGACGUUUAUCUCAGACGACCUACAGCGGAAGACCUCGAAAGAUUACUGAAUAUUGGAGAACAACGUGGUUUCCCCGGAAUGGUGGGGAGCAUAGAUUGUAUGCAUUGGGAGUGGAAGAAUUGUCCAACUGCAUGGAAAGGACAAUAUUCACGUUGA